UCCGCAGUAAAUGGUGUCUGCUGAAGGGAUGUGAGUCACUUCAAAGCAAGUUGAUGUGUUAACGCAGCUGAUAUUCUGUGAAGAAUUUCGAGAUGGCGGACCGAAAAGCAGAACUUGAGCGCAAAAAAGCUCGUUUAGAGAAAAUGCGCCGUGAAAGGAAGGAAAAGGAAUUAUCUAAGAAGGAAAAAGGGGGGGAAGACUUUAAGGAAAGUAAGACUUCUGGAGAUUCAAGCAUAGAUCCAGAUGAAUUACUUCGCCAAUUUGGUAUUGCCCCCACACCAGAAAGCACUUCAGCUUCUCCUGUCAAAUCAAGUCCUAUCAGUCAGUCAUCUGUGGACACUAUUGUCACAUCUACAAGCAUCAGCCACACCACCCCUCGCAAAGUGCGGCUCAGUGUAGCUAAAGUGAAUGAAACGAGUAUACCUCCUCGGGAAAGUGUGUCAUAUUCCAAGGAGACACAGACUAUCACAGCAGAACCUGUUGACAAAGAUGGCGGGAGAUACGGGGUCAAGGGUCACAACUCACGUGGACCUUUGGAUUAUUACGAUCAUUCCCUAUCGGAAUCCAGCAGCUCACGACAGGGGUCCCCACGGUUUAGCGGUUACGGGUACGCACAUAGGUUUGUCUUCCAUGAUUUGGAGUGGGAUGAUGAAUUUGAGGAUGAAGACGAGGACACAGAUGCAGAUUUUGGCGAUCUGGAGGGGUCACAAUUUAGAGGUCAUGGUCACAGCCAGGUCAAUCAUCGAAUGCCCAUUGUGGAGAUGGUUGCUCCAGCAACUACCCAGGAAGACUCCUUGAGAGAGGAGAAAGAGAAAAAAGUGAUUCCAGAGCUGAGUGAGGAGGAGAAAAAACAAGUGUUGAUGUCUGAAGACUUCCUGCAGUUUUUCACUCGGGCUUCUCGCAUCAUGGAACGCGCACUGGCUGAGGACAUUGAUAUAUUUGUUGACUAUUCUGGCACAGAGGGAGAAAAUAAAGAGGAUGAGGCUAUGGCAGGAGAGCGGCUGAAGUUGAAUCGAGAAUUUUAUGAUGAUCGUUGGUCAAAGCAUCGCAUAAUAACCAGCCUGGAUUGGUCUUCACAGCACCCAGAGCUUUUAUUGUCCUCCUACAGUGCAAAUGAAGAUGUCACAAAUGAGCCUGAUGGAGUUGCGUUGAUCUGGAACAUUCGCUACAAGAAGGAAACACCUGAAUAUGUCUUUCACUGUCAGUCUCCAGUUAUGUCAAGUUGCUUUGCCAAGUUCCACCCCAAUCUGGUGCUGGGUGGUACCUACUCAGGACAGAUUGUGCUGUGGGAUAAUCGUGUCAACAAGCGCACACCUGUUCAACGCACUCCACUUUCAGCUUCGGCCCACACGCACCCGGUCUAUUGUGUGACGGUUGUUGGCACACAAAAUGCUCAUAAUCUGAUCUCUGUUUCGAAUGAUGGCAAACUAUGCUCUUGGAGUCUAGAUAUGCUGUCUCAACCUCAGGACAGCAUGGAGCUACAGCACAAGCAAUCCAAGUCUGUUGCAGCAACCUGCUUCAGUUUUCUUUCUGGUGAUGCCAACAACUUUAUUGUUGGCUCAGAAGAGUGUAUGGUUUAUUCUGGGUCUCGUCAUGGCAGUAAAGCUGGCAUAAAUGAAGCCUUUGAAGGACACCAGGGGCCUAUUACUGCAAUAGAUACCCACCAUGGAGCAGGACAGAUUGACUUCUCACCCUAUUUUCUGACAUCAUCCUUUGACUGGACCAUCAAGUUAUGGAGCAUAAAAGAGCAGAAAUAUUUGUGCUCUUUUGAAGACAACAGUGACUAUGUAAGUGAUGUGCAGUGGUCUCCAACCCACCCAGCCCUCUUUGCAGGGGUUGAUAUCAUGGGACGGCUUGACCUCUGGCAUCUAAACCAUGAAACAGAGGUACCAGUGGCCUCUGUGGUUGUGGGUGCUAAUGCUGCCCUCAACAAAUGCCGGUGGCAUCAGACAGGCAGCCAUAUUGCUGUGGGUGAUGAUAUGGGACGAAUUUAUCUCUAUGAUGUUGCAGAGCACAUUGCCAGUCCUAAAGCAGAUGAAUGGUCUAAGCUUGUGCGCACCCUACAGGAAAUGAAGCAGCAGGCUGCCGAACGAGAGGAAGAGAGCAAUGUACUCAGCAUGACAGCACCACUGCGGUGAAAUGAUGCUCAAGACUUGUCAGAUGUAUACACCACCUGUCACCACCCUUCCCUGCAUUAUUGCAUUUGGUGCUCAGACAUUUGCUUUAAUUGUGGACGCUUCCACUUAACAACUACACCCUGAGCGUUCAAUACUGAGAUUCAGUAUGUUGCCUGUAUGUUAUUUGAAGAAGGUUCAUGAUGUGUGCAUGUACUUUAAAACAAAACAAAAAAAAUCCUUUUUUUUAAAUCAUCAAUUUUUUUUCAGUGACAGGGUUACUGGAUGCUAAAAUAAUCCUGGGCACUUCCUUUGCAGUAGAUCCAAUGCUGCUGAAAGUUCGCAGUCUUGUAGUCAUCAUCCUUAAUGUAUUUUAUUAUUAGAACUUGAAAUAUCAAAAUAAGUGUUGUUUUCUGUAGGCUUUAAAAUUAUUAAGUUAUUUCUUGGAAUGGGACGGAAGACAGGGCCAAGAAAUAUUGGCACUUCUGUUAUCAGUGUGACCUUGUGGAUGCAUGGAAUGGGGGGGGGAACCUUAUAUUUAACAUAUGUUUAGAAGUCAAGCUAUUUUAUUAAAAAUAUAUAUCAAUACCAAUGAAUAUGCACCAUAGUAAUAAAUAUAUGACAAGUAUGAACUGUCAUCCCAAGACUCACUUGAGGAAGGGCAAGGUCAUGAACAAAUAUUGCAGGUUAAAGGGCAAGAAUCUCUUGAGCCCCAUCAGUGUAAUGAUUCCCCCACCCCAUGUUUCCUCUUGCUUCCUCUUAGCGGUCCAGUGGCACAACGGUUAGCGCCUGUCACCAAUACAGUGAAGGUUGGCUGCCCUGAGUUCAUUUCUCUUGGGCACGCUGUUCUUUCUCUGCACGUGGCAUCUGUUUACAGGGCUGGCUGCUUGCCGUAAUAUAGCCUUAGUUGCUGGCACGGCGUAAAACACCAAAUCCCCCCUCUUGCUUCCUCUUGCAAAACUUAUUGACUUCCUGUGCACAGAAGUCUGUAUGCAGCCUGUCUGUGCGAGGACAGGGUUAUUCCUGCUAAAUGCAUAGCUGCUUACAAAGCUUUUCAUGAAGUAGUUUUCAUUAUUUCACUUGCUUGAGGGUGCACUCAUUCAGGGUUCAUUGAAUUGAAACAUACUGCAGUUAUUGUGUUUAAAGCAGGUUUUUCUGCACUUAUAUGAUCUCCCUGCUUCUUGUCCUCCUCUGCAUUUGCCGUAAUAUAGCCUUGGUUGCUGGCACUGUUAAACACAAGCAAAUCCUCCUCUGCAUCACAGCGGUCCGGUGGCGCAAAGGUUAGCGCCUGUCACCAAUACAGUGAAGGUUGGCUGCCCAGAGUUCAUUUCUCGUCUCGGGCACGCUGUUCUUUCUCUGCACGUGGCAUCUGUUUACAGUGCUGGCUGCUUACCGUAAUAUAGCCUCAGUUGCUGGCACCGCGUAAAACACCAAUUCCCCCCCCCUCCUCUGCAUCGCUGUUUGCUGUGUGAAAAGGUCACAGGAUGAGCCAGAGAAUAUGCUCUCAUUUAUGUGCUGGCCUGUCAUGUGCUUGUGUGUGUGACUUUCUCUUCAUUUUCCCUUCUGUGUGCUUGUUCAGGCAUCAGUAUGAUAGAUUGGGGCCAGAUGAUGAAGGGUAGAGUUGCUUUGUUGUACAUCACAAAACAAUUUUGCUGGUGUAGCAUCCUGCUUCAAAAGGCCUGUUUACACAGCAUCUCUGACAGUCUCAGGUCAUUCUUUUUGUAAUGCUUAUCUGGCUGAACUUUCAGGAGAGUAGAGAUGAGUUCUGUUAGUGUUGAUUUCUCAGAUUACCCUUGGGAUUCCUACAGGUAUUGCAUGAAGUAUAACUCUCAGGCUUUAUUAAAAAGCUUGAAUAAACUGCUUCAGGCUUCUGGCUUUUAAAAUGCUAUGAUGGGAAAACGUUUUCUUGUUAAAUUAAGUGAAUGAAAAGAUGGUGUUGACUCAAUACAGUAGAAUAAACAGGAGAUGUAUCUACAGCAAUAUGAGUGCAAGAAUAGACAUAAAACAGAAUUGAUUUUUAAAAAAUGCAAGAGGUGUUUUUAUUCCUACCCUUCAUCCCAUAACACUGCCCUCCUUGCAGUUGCACCUGUCACCAAUACAGUGAAGGUUGGCUGUCCUGGUUUCAGCUCUCGUCUCGGGCACAUUGUUCUUUCUCUGUAUGUGGCAUCUGUUUACAGGGCUGGCUGCCUGGCCGUGAUAUAGCCUUAGUUGCUGGCUCGGCAUAAAACACUUAUUCCCUCCUUGCAGUUGUAGUCCAGUUUAGCCUGCAGGACAUCUGCUAGCUUCAGUUUUCAAGUGGUGGGAACAUCAUUGUCUCCUAUUUCAAAGGCACGAAGCUUUGGUUAUCUUCUAUUGAAGGUUGGGGUCAUACGGGCAUAAGUUGUGCUGUUUGUGACUAGGUGGUUGCAUUGUACAUUGCAUUAGUUUCAGUCCCUUCUAGUUUAUGAAAUACUUGACUUACUUCUUAAACACCUUUAAGAUUGUUAAUAUAGAAAAGUGUAGGAAUAGAUACACUUAAAAUCUUGAAGCAGACUUCAUAAAUUGUUGAUAAAGGGUUGAGCAGCUGCUCAUUCCAGCAAAGUUUUGCUGUCAUACAUUCAUCUUUUCUCAUUGGUCCAUAUCUUUUCUCCCACAAAUCAUGUUUCACUAAUAAAAUUAUUUCAGAGUUCUUCCUCUUGGUUCAUAAAAUGUGACUGUGGCAUUUGGCACCAAUUAAAAGAGUAGUCAACUUUUCACUUUUUGAAAAUCAAAUGUUUAAUCAAUAUUGUACACUUUUUUUAAAAAAUUUAACAUUGAACAAACUAGCUUACACAUUCAGUCAACAUUUGGUCCUCCAGUUGGUUAUCUUUGCACUUAAACCAAAUCAAGUCCAAAAGUAUUAAGUAUAGUGAAGUCUGAGAUAUUUAGCACUCAAGUUUUCUGUUGUUCCCUUGAAACGGGGAGACUUGUGGCCACCAUUAUAUUGCUGAAAUGAAGACACCUGGCAUCCUUCACUUGCUGUCAGCUGAUGUGUCUGGAUAAGUGAAACACACUGGAGUUUAAGGUGAUAAUUUCUUAGGUAUUACUUUCGUUGCCUGGGUGAUGAGCACCUGACUUAUACAUAACUUUACAAAGGGCCAUUUUCACAGAUAGUGCACAUACCAGGCCUGUGUACUUUUGCCAGUAUACCCCAUUUAAUGGAAGUACAACUUCAACCUUUAGGCAAUUAUGGGAAGAUGUUGGUGCCUCAUGGUGCCUUCUUGGAUUACGUGUUGGGCAGCAGCUGGAGUUAAAUGCACAAGGACACAAUUUGUGGUUAGUCAAUUUCCUAGGCUUAGUACAACAAAGUUUACUAAAAAGUCAACUCUAUGUGACAAAAUUUGUUGGGAAAGUGCCUAACUGUUCAGGUAUUCUACAUGCUAGCCAUGAAAUGUGUGACCAAACUCGUAUCCAUUUAGGCACCUAAUAUCUGCAGUGUCUCCUAUAGGGAUCUUGGAUACAACUGACAGCAUCACAAACUGUGCAGUUCAGCAGCACUUACAACCAGUAUCCUGAGAUGAGCAUGCUGUACAACUGUAUCUGCAGCUGAUGGUGCCAGAGUCCAGCUGUAUACAGGAAGUGUUUGACAUGUCAGACAUGCUUGCCACUACAGAUCAUUGUUGACUUGACAAGAGUUGCCACAUAAGCAUCAGCACGCAUGCAGGAAACUGCCUCUGAAGUGGGCCAUCACAUACCAAUACCAGAGUCAGGUCGAGGAACACUAUCAAUGAAAGACUCGUCACUACUACUGUUGUCCUCGUCUGAAGACUCUGAACUGCACAGAAGAAGCAGACAGUUAUUCCAAAUAAUAAUAAGCUAACAAAUAAGCUAUACAAAUCUCUCAUAUGCGUCAUUAGGGGAGAAGGGGACACGGUGAGACACACCAAUGGUGAAGGCACACCAGAGGGGCUUAUUCUGUGCCCUUUUUAGUAGGUCUCCCAUUUGGCAGCCUGUCCACCCCUUGAUGUUUGUUAGUCAACACUUUUUUGUUUGCUGUCAACAUCUUCCAUAUGUGCCUGGAGGACUAUCUUCCGUAGUGCGUCAUGCCUAGUGGCAUACCCAAACUAAACCAGUUUUCGAUGCUUGACAGUGGCAAGCAGAGGUUCUGGGGACCAACUAGGGUAGCGGCUAUUCAGAGCAGUCUCCAGAAGCAUUUCAUGUCAAAUGCCUGAAUCAUCUUCUCCAUUUCGGACACAGGGCUCGCAUUUCUCAGCCCUGUAUAGUUUGAAUUUCGUCUUUAAGAUUGUACUCAUGCUGUCCCAGAUCUUGUUCAGCCUUGCCAUUGCUGCUGUGAUUCAUUGACAAAUAUCUGCCAUGCAACUGCCAUCCUUGGAGAGCGUCACACCCAGAUACUUGAAACUCUGUACUUCCUCAACUUGCAUACCAUUCAACUGGAUAUCUGCCUUACCUUAUCUGAUAGCAUUCACCAUUGUUUUGCUCUUAUGAGAGAAAUUUUUAGGCCAGCCUCAGCCUGAAGGGUGUGAAGUCUCCAGGGUUUGACAAUGUCCUAAUGGAGUUGCUUAAAUUUGCAAAAACGUGGAGGGGAAGAGACAGUGAAGGUACUGACCUGUGUUGCAAAAUUUGGGAGACCAAGCAGUGGCUGAAAGAACGGACACAGUCACUGGUCAUACCCCUGCCAAAAAGAGGGAACCCAAGGCAGUGCCAGAACUACCAUGUGACGAUAAAUUUGAUCAGGCACCGAAGCAAAGUUAUGCUGAAGGUGAUACAAAAUCAUCUCACACAGAUGACAAAGGAACUGUUCUCAGAAGAGUGAGCCAGCAGGAGCGCGGUUGAACAAUUCUUCAACAGUCACACUCUGAUCAAAAAAACACCUUCAGCAAGGUAAAGAUCAGCACCAUUUCAAGAAGGCCUUCAACAGGGUUGGGCACAAGGUUUUGUGGCAUGUGAUACAGAAAUUCAACACUGAAGACAGGACAGUCCAAAACACCGACUGUGGAAGCUCUGUUCUGCUCAGUGGAAAUGUGCUAUCCUGCAACAGUGGUACUCUCCCAAACAUGACCUUUGACCCUGAAGCUGUUCAGGAGAAUCAUGUGAAAUACACUACUUUAACACCACACUGUGUCCAUCAGGGAAAGAUUGCUAAUCUUCCAUAUAGCAUGAUAGCAGGUAGCAAUGAUGAGUUGCAGGCUCUCAGACUGGCCACCAGUGUGAGAACAUACAUGAUGGACACCAGCAUGCUGAUAUUGCCAGCUUGUCAGUCACUCAUCACUAUCAGCCUUUAUUAUAAUCUGAGAAGAUGACAUCAGUACUGGACACUAACAACCAUUACAACUACACAUUCCCAUUUUUUUCUAUAUCACGCACUUGCUUCAAAAUCAUCUGAGUUUGGAUUUCAAAGGCUUAACCCCCACCCUCCCCUCCCCUCGAAAGUCUCAAGAAAUAUCACCUUGUGUCUUUGCUGUCAUCAUCAUCACUGCUGUCAUCCGUCAUCAUCAUCACUGCUGUCAUCAUCACCAAUGUCAUCAUCUUCAGAUGCACUUGAUCUAUCUGAUGUUUCGAACAUAAAAGUGAUGCAAAAAAAAUUAGCAAAAUUGGUAGUGUGUCAGUACUUAGAAUAAACGAAAACAAUUCAUUGAUAAAUGCAGCUCUAAUACAAGAUUAAUUUUGUCACAGUUCUUACCCAGCUUAAUCUUCUCUAAAAUGAUGGGAUGAAACUUCAAGGCCUCUGGGUUGUCUGGCUCAAAGAUUAGGACUGAAAAAAAAUACAUAAAGAGGCAUUUAUCUAAUCUGCAUGACAUUAAGGGGUUUUUGGUUAUUGUUUUUAAGUGACAGAGCAUGCAAAAUAUAUAUAUAUAUCUUUUAUUUUACUCUCUUGCUUUUUGUAUAGCAUUUCAAAUAUUUAUCUCAUUUGUACCAAGAAUAUUUUAUACAUCAUCACAAGAUUGCAAAUGUGUCCAAUCUUGUUUGUGAGCUUUUAUCUACUACAACAUAUAAGGCAACAGUUUUUAACACAUUCUAAUCAACAUCCAUUUUCAAGAAACUUUUGACAAGAUCUUGUUACCCUCUGAAAAAUGCAAAAUAUGCAAAUAAUUUUCAUUAGAAAUUAUUAAAUACUUAUGAAGGACAGGGAAGUUUAGAAGACAUCUUAACUGAUGUCACUUAUUUUCACUACAUGCUCAUGAAGUAUGUUUACACUGCCUGUUGUACUACUCGGGCUAGAUUAUCUCGCACACACAGGUAAAACCCUUUGUGGCCUCUGGUUAGGUUGACUAAAACCACCUCAAUUUAUUGGAUGUGGCCCUGCCAAUAAAAUAGAACUAGCCUGGUAAAAAUGGCGGCUUUUUUUUCAUCAAAUCAAACAACUACCACCUGUUACUGUAUAGCUUACCAACUGGGCAAAUAUGAUGAUGCAUUGUUUAGUAAAUACCAUUUUUUGUUAAUUUUGUAAUGUAAGACAAAUGCCAUAAUAAAAUAUGAAACAUCACCCUGAUCAAUGUUUCCCUUCCCCAACUCCAAUGUUAAAUUUUAUCAAUCAUGCCUCGGCUUUGUCUGUAUGUCCUUUUGUUUCCAAAUGAAAGCACCCACAAAUAAAAGCAAACCAAUCA